GGUGCUGUCCUGUUCCUGCUUGUGACUGUGAUUGUGAAUAUCAAGCUGAUCUUGGACACCAGGAGAGCUGCUUAUGAGGAGGAAGAGGAGUCCACACAGGAAUAUGAUGAUGAGAUGCUGGACAUGGAUGUCCCUAAGCAGCCUGCCAACACCAGGAAGGUCUUGGAUGUCGAGGUCUACUCCAGCCGAUCAAAGGUCUAUGUGGCUGUGGAUGGGACAACGGUCUUGGAAGAUGAUGCUCGGGAGCAGGGAAGAGGGAUCCAUGUCAUCGUCUUAAAUCAAGCUACGGGUCAUGUGAUGGCCAAGAGAGUCUUUGACACCUAUUCUCCCCAUGAGGAUGAAGCCAUGGUACUCUUCCUCAACAUGGUUGCCCGGGGCCGCAUCUUGAUUUUUACCAUUAAGGAUGAAGGCUCCUUCCACCUCAAGGACACAGCUAAGAAUCUUCUGAAAAGCCUGGGGAGCCAAGUUGCACCAUUCCUAAGCUGGAGAGACAUGUGGACAUUUGUGGGGAAGAAGGGAGGGGAGGUGUACGGGGAGAAGCACGCCAAGUCGCCUGCCCUCUCCACGUGGGGUGACCCUGUGCUGCUGAAGACAGAAGUCCGCCUGACGUCCUUGGAAGCCCCCACCCCCAUCGAGUUCAACCCCGAGCCGCUCAAAAACAAUAAAGUCUUCGAUGUGCCUGUAGCUGUUAUUGCAGGGAACCGGCCCAACUACCUGUACAGGAUGCUGCGCUCCUUGCUGUCGGCUCAGGGAGUCAAUCCCGAGAUGAUCACAGUCUUCAUUGACGGGUACUAUGAGGAGCCGAUGGAUGUCGUGGAGCUGUUUGGUCUUGCUGGAAUCCAGCACACUCCCAUCAGCAUUAAAAAUGCCAGAGUUUCUCAGCACUACAAAGCCAGUCUGACUGCAACCUUCAACCUGUUUCCGGAGGCCAAGUUUGCUGUGGUUCUGGAGGAAGACCUUGACAUCUCUGUUGACUUCUUCAGCUUCCUGAGCCAGUCGAUCUACCUGCUGGAAGAGGAUGAGAGCCUGUACUGCAUCUCGGCCUGGAAUGACCAGGGCUACGAGCACACAGCUGAGGACCCCUCACUCCUGUACCGCGUGGAAACCAUGCCAGGCCUGGGCUGGGUACUCCGCAAAAACCUGUACAAGGAAGAGCUGGAGCCAAAGUGGCCAACCCCGGAGAAGCUCUGGGACUGGGACAUGUGGAUGCGGAUGCCUGAGCAGCGGAAGGGCCGGGAAUGCAUCAUCCCUGACAUCUCACGCUCCUACCACUUUGGCAUCGUGGGGCUCAACAUGAACGGCUACUUUCACGAAGCCUAUUUCAAAAAGCACAAGUUCAACACAGUCCCCAAUGUCCAGCUUAAAAAUGUGGAGAGCUUGAAGAAGGAUGCCUACGAAAUCGAAAUUCAUCGGCUCCUUGGUGAGGCUGAGGUUUUGGACCACAGCAAGAACCCCUGUGAGGACUCCUUUGUGCCUGACACUGAGGGCAAGGUCUACGUCAUGUUCAUCAGGAUGGAGCAGGAAGCUGAUUUUACCACAUGGACUCAGCUUGCCAAGUGCCUCCACAUCUGGGACCUGGAUGUCCGUGGAAAUCACAAGGGGCUAUGGAGGCUUUUCCGCAAGAAGAACCACUUCCUCGUGGUGGGCGUCCCUGCCUCUCCCUACUCGUCCAAGAAGCCCCCCUCAGUGACCCCGAUCUACAUGGAGCCCCCUGCCAAGGAGGAGGGGGCAGUGGCGGCGCCAGCGGUCCCUGCAGCAGAGCAGACAUGAGACCAACAGCUGGGCAGGAAGGGGGGCUGGAGAGG